AUGGCGGCGCUCGUGGGGUGGCUCCGCGGCGUCGUGGGGCGGGAGUGGUGGACUAGAGCGCUCCCAGCGGAGCGCGGGGUCUGCCGAAUCGCCGACGACGACGUCGACCACGAGCGGGUGCUGCUGCAUUACGUGGCGGAGGGCGAACGGGUCAUCCUGUCCCCAGAGGGUGGCAUCUACGCGGAGGACAUGAGAUGUGGUAACGCCGAGACCGGGCCUGCCCGAUCCUUCCUGCUGGUGCUGCAGAUGAGCAGGAUGCGGAGGCUGUAUCGCGUCGAGGAGGCGCUGGGGCCCGAGAAGCGGGCCGAUGCGUUGACGCGGGGCCGUCAGGCGGCGCUGGAUGUAGAGGCGGCGUUGCCUGAGCCGAGGGAGGCCGGGGCCGUGAGCGGCCAGCGGGUCUCGCGGCAGGAGGCCGCUGGCAAGCUGUUGGCCGCGGAGCGGGGCUGCCUGCUGCGCCUGGGCGUGGCCGUGGCUCUCCUGGGCGGGACGCUGCUGGAGGCUCCUGCUGUGGGUCAUGCUUGGGUCGGCCGCAGCGGCGGGCCUGGCGUCGCGAUCGGGGCGGAGGUCGGCGUGACGAAGACCGAAGGCCUGAGCUUCGAGGACGGGCCCGAGCCGUUCGGUGUGCUGAGGGCCGCCGACGGUGGCACGGGGCGAUUCGGCCGGCUGGACGCGGGGUGGGUCCCUGGGCGCCUGGCCGAAGAGAGUGCAUUCUGGCAUGAUCUAGGCAGGAGCCAGGCGCGUGCCAUGGGCCCCGGGCGCCGACGCGCUGCGGCCGCGGCGCCACUCGAGGAUGAGGAGCCCGCCGAGCCCCUGGGCGGCACGGCUACGCCCGGGCUGGCGCCGCCGCCCCUGGCGGAGCCGCUGGGCGAGCAGCGCGACGCCCUCGCCCGCACGCUCGGGGGCGUCUGCGACGAGCAGGGCGGACGGAUCAGACGAUGGUGGGACGUGGUAGGCGAGUCGAGGCAGGGGCGCCGCCCAGGCGCACAGGUGGGCGGACCGCCUGGGGCUCUCCACAAGUGCAAGUACAUGGGGAGGCACGGUGGCGACCCGCGCCUCUGGGCCGACCUCGCCAUACGCGUGAGGGGCCUUGGGCAGAAUGACUGCGUGGUGCACAAGCUGAGGACGAUCGUGGAGGCCUUGUACCAGGGUUUGUUAUGUGACCAGCUGAACAUGAGCGGCCUUAUGAUGGUGGAGGAGAUGACUCGCCGCGUGACCGCCAUGGUGGAAGCCUACGCAGACCCGCCCAAGCCGAGCUGGAGGAAGGCGCGCAUCUUCGCGGACGCGAGCUCGGAUAAGGACGUCUCGGGGCCAGAGCUCAGGGGCUACAUCCACCGGCGGGCGAAGAAGCCGCACGAGGUGGAGCAGGCGCAGAGUCGGGCGCGCACGCUACGCGGGGCGCCUACAGGGACCGUCGGCGGAGCAGAAGCCCGCAGCUUCCUGCCGCUCCCGCUGCUGGGCGACGCUGGCCGCCGAAUUCGCGGCAGGUCAACGGCAUCGUCGAUGCCGCUAACUGGAUGUCGGGGUAACUCGCUUCAUGGCCCAGCCAAUGACAUGCAGCGGGAUGUACUUGCGCGCUUCGAGGGCCUCGUUCGGGGCCGGCAGCCGGACGCCAAGUUGCAGGAGCCGCAGGCGGCCCUCCGGGAGCUGCUGCGGGGCCGCUCGCCAUAUGACGGGCGCAGCGGCCCGACGACGGUCGCCUCCUACAGUGCAGGGCUCGUCAGCAUGCCGACGGACGUGAGCGACUGCCCGCGUCUUGAGGACAUAUUGCCUGGCGAGGCCCUUACCUUCCUGCAGGAGCGCCAAGAGCGCAUGUUGCGAGAAUCACCCUUGCCGACCGACGUCGAGCCAUACUUCGACUCGGUCCUCAAGUUCAACCACAAGGAGUACCGCGGCCUGGUGCGCCGGCUGCUGUCGGCUGGCAUUCUGGGGUGGACUCUAACACCGAAAGAGAGAAUUGGGAUGUUCUUUGUGUGGAAGGAUGGGCGGCGCCGACUUCGCCUCAUAGUCGACGCCCGCCGUGCGAACGCCCACUUCAGGGAUCCUCCUGGGGUGGAGCUUUUGAGCAGCGAGGGCCUCGCCAGAAUCGAGGUGCACAUGCCAGACACGGGCUUCUCAAGUUACGAGGACCUCCGCGCCGCGCUGGAGGCGCAGCAGGUGUACAUCGGCAUGGCGGACGUGAAGGACUGCUUUCAUCGGAUGCGUAUUGAUUCGGCCCUCUCGCAAUAUUUCUGCCUGCCGCCGGUCAAGGCGGGGGCUUUCGGCGUGACCGAAGUCGAGGGGGCCAAGGUGCAGACGUCGACGGCCAUCUACCCUUGCUGGCAGGUCCUGCCCAUGGGUUUCAGCUGGUCCCUCUACUUCGCCCAGCGGGCCAACGAGGAGGUGAGUCGCCGCAGCAGCGCGCUCCUCUGGGGGCCCAGUCUUUCAGACCAUGGGCCACCGCUCGUGCUCGCGCCUGGCAGGGCGCCCCAGGAGGUCAGGCACUACGUGUACGUUGACAACUUGGGGGUCUUCUCGCUAUUCUCUGAGCUCGUGAGCGGCGUGAUGAACCAGCUGACAGGCGAGUUCACCGAGCUGAACCUACUGUUGCACAAGGACGAGCUGGUGCCGGGCAAGGCCGUGCGAGGCCUCCUAGCCCGCCGCCGUGUCAAGGGGUGGGCCGUGGAGGCAGUGCUGGGCCACCUAACCUUCUGUGGCCUCUGCUCGCGCGGCACCUUGUCGGCCUUCAAUUCAGUUUACGGCUUUGUGCGAGCCCACUACGACGAGGCGGCCGUGCUAUGGGCCGAGGCGCGGCGAGAGCUGGCCGCCUUCAGCUCCCUGAUGUACUUCCUGGAGUCAGAUUGGUGGCUGCCUUGGAAUCCGUUGGUGCAGCAGUCAGAUGCCAGUCUUCACGGCUACGGACUGGCAAGGGCUUUCUGGCCGCGGGAGCUGGUGGAGUCAGUCGGGCGCGUGCCUGAGCGAGCCCGCUUUCGCCGGCGCUGCGCGCACAGUGCUCGAGAGGCUGCGCUCUGUGCAGCUGGUUUCAGCAUGAGCGAGAGUGGAAAAUGGAUACUCAAGGGCCUUCCUGAAGAGGAGGAGGAGCUGGGCCAGUGGGACGUUGCGAGGGACUUCCCGGAGGUGCCCGCCCAGGGGCUCCGCGCAGGUCUGUGGGAGCCCUGCUUCGCGAGAGCCUGGCAGCACCCUGAGGGCAUCUUGACCUUAGAGGCCCGAGCCCUGGUCAGCAGCAUACAUCGCAACGCCACCACGGUCUUUGGGUCCCACAUACGUCAGUUGCUGCUCUGUGACAAUAUGUCGGUCGUGCUAAGCUUCAAUCGAGGGCCGUCAGCCCACGGCCAGGAGGCGAGAUGCACGCGGCAGCUUGCCCCUGCGCCGCCAGUAGCGCCGCAGCCGCCGCCGGCAGCUCGGCGGGAGCAUCAGCUGUGCGAGUCGGAGCUCCUGAAGACAGCGGUGCUGAGCCGCCCCCUGCCGCGGAGCCCGGGGCAGAUGGCGGAGGACCUGGGGAAGGUGCCUGUGCCAGCGGAGCCCGCUCAGGGAGCGCGAGAGAGCGUCGGCCCCUGCGACAGCGGGAGCUCCGGGCCCGAGGUCGCGACCGGCGCCGCGCGGCAGCGCAGGCUCGCGCAGUCGCAAGAGCGCCUUGCCCACCACUACGGGAUGACCACCGGCGAGGAGGGGUUCUCUUACCUGGAGCGGGGGGCCGUGCGGACCCCGUCGCUGCGCGAGUACCAGAGGGCCUGGGACGGAUGGCGGGACUUUGCCCGUCGGAGCUGGCCCCCGGUGAGCAUUGGCGAAGUCAUAAAGAGCAGGGACGACUCCAUGGUAGCCUCGGCGUUGGUGAGCUACCUGACUGGGCUGCACCAGGCUGGGACUCACCUCUCCUGGGCCGAGAAGUUGAUGGCUGGCGUCCUGCACUUCAACCCCGACAUGUCGAGCUACGGUGCCCGGCGCCUCCCCCAGGGCUGGAGUUUCUGGACCCUGAGGCUCCCCCCGGAGGAGGAAGGCCUGCGGGAGAAAGCGGGCCUGGUGGACGUGUCGCUAGAGUUAGACUCGCCCUGGAUUCGCUUCUUGGACCCUGUGCUGCGUCAAAUGAAAAAGGAGAAACACCCCGAAUACCUGUGGAACUUCACGUGCCCAGAGUACUGCAAGAUGUUCAGCCUACGCCUCCAGGACCUGCCAGUAAGAGCCAAGUUGGUGCCGUAUCAGAUUCGCCUUUCAGGGGCCUCGGUAUACAUGGCGAGGAGGUGGAGGCGGCUGGCCGACGUGCAAAAACGCAGGCAGUGGAAGGCCAACCGCAGCGUCGUCCGCUACGAGAAGCACGCACGCCUGGCAGCCACGUGGACAACUCGGAGCUGCGCGCAGCAAAAUGUGUUCCUGGUCUGCGGGGCUCAGCUCGCGGACAUCAUUUUGGAUCGCGCCUCGCCGGUCGACUUGCGGGAGCUCGACCACGUCCGGGUGGCUCUGAAGCCCCACUGCGUUCCCCGUGUGGUGAUCUCCCCGGCCUGGCUGAUCUGGAGAGAUGGCGCGUGCGCUUGCGAGGACAGGGUGUGCGUGUGGGAGGAGCUCGGCAGGCUGCGCCUCUUCCUGGCCAUGUUCUGGAUCGGUUAUCCGAAGUUUGUAGGCAGAUGUUUCGCUCGAAUAUUCUUUACCUGGGUCUUCCCCUUGCUGCAGCGCUGUGCUGGCACGGAGCAGCUAUCCCCUGACGACCUGUUCCACGUACGGGAAACCGACAAGCCAGAGGCCGUCUUCAAUACCUUUUUUGCGGCAUGGCUUCGACAGCUGGCCCACUCGCGUGGCAGGCGCGCCAGGGAGGGGCGAUCCCUGCUGAAGACGCUCCUGCGAGUGCACCUGCCGCACAUGCGGCUGCUGUGGCUCGGGCGCAUCGUGCAGGAUCCGGACGCGACCGUGUGGCAGGGCCUCGGCAUGGCGGCCGGCCUCCUCGGGGCCCAGGCGCUCUCGGUGGCCCUCGACCAGAACGUGAGCAUCGGCAUGCAGACGGUCGGCCUCAGGAUCCGCUCCUCGCUGACCACGGCCAUCUUCCGCAAGGUCCUGCUCCUGCGCCAGGAUUCCCUGACGAGUUUCUCCACAGGUAGGCUCAACAACAUGAUCACGACGGAUGUGGACAAGGCGCGCCGCGUGGUGCGCUUCAUCCACAUACUGCUCUUGACCGCGCCUGCGCGUAUCGCGAUAUCCAUAGUCGCGCUCUACAAGCUGGUGGGCGUGUCCGUCUUCAUCAGUUUCGGAUGGAUGGGGGUUGUCAUCCUGCUGAAUCCCGCGAUCAUGUACGUCGCGAACAAGCUCGAGGACAGGCAGCAGUCCAUGACCGACGAGCGCGUGCGGAAGGCCACCGAGGUCAUCUCGGCCAUCCAGGUGGUCAAGUGCUACGCCUGGGAGGAGCCCGCCACGAGCCGCGUCGAGGCGGCCCGCAAGGCGGAGCUACUCGCGAUGUGGCGGCUGUAUUGCCUCUACACCGUGAUGGAGGGCCUCUGGAGCAGCAUCGUCCCCGUCACCACCGCGGUGAUGUUCGCCGCAUACUCGCUCCUGAACCCAGGGCAUGGUGCAGCAUUUGUGCCGCAAGGUGUCGUGGGUCUUCCUCAAGGUCUUCGUGGUGUUCGUGCUGGCCACGCCCGCUCGGAGUUGCUCCGCGCGGGUGACGUUUAGAACGUAUGCAUUUUUCCUGACUCC